AUGAUUUGGUUACGCCGCUUCACCAUAUUACUAUCUUUCAUGCUGCUUAUCUCCUUUGGCGCAUGGCUGCUUCCUCGUAUACUAGACCCAACGACGAAAGGUCCCGAGAGGCGCGCUAGAGAUCGACGAUGGGUGAAUAGCAGCCCGUACUUUCUGGAUCGUCAGGCCUGCCGCUGGAUUAGUCUGUGCGGACUACAUCACUUGCGCAGUGAUCCUGCCUCUCGUGGGAAUAACGAGGACGAAGAACCAGAAUGGGGAGAGCUCAAGCGCCGCUCUCUAGCUUGGGAGCCUGAUAAGAUUCCCCGUCAGAAUCACAAGAGAGAUGUCAACCAACGACGCAGAAUUCUUCGCGAUAUUCCUGACUAUGUUACAAAGCAUGCACCGUUAGUUCACCUCUACUCUGGGGAAGAGUUUUGGCCCUCGGAUAUUCGUCAGCACGUAGAACAUAUGACUGCGUAUGCUGAUGACGACCCUAUCAAUUCGACCGAGAAGUGGACUCUUCAUAACUUGCACGAGCUGAAUAAGUAUUCUGGCAAGAUCACUCUCCGAAGCGACGAUGAUGUUGAGUCUCGCCCAAAUUGGCUGCACAGCCAUUAUAACGUCCCCAAACCGUUUCCUGACGACAAAGACAAUGAUCAAAACAGCGACACGCCACCUAGCACCUGGUAUGAUGUCGACAAAAAACGCCCUGUCCAUAAGAUUUCUGACCCCAGAAAUCGCAAAUUUCAGAAUCGUCGUCGUUCGGAGUCCAAUAGCCACAAACCGGAUGCCAAUGGUUAUUCAACAGCUCCUGCAGUACUUGUAGUGGUUGAUAAGGGGUCGGGCAUUGUUGACGCCUUCUGGUUCUUCUUCUACUCCUACAACCUCGGCCAAACUGUCUUGAACAUUCGCUUUGGUAACCAUGUGGGUGACUGGGAGCACUGCAUGGUACGCUUCGAGCACGGCAUUCCCCGUGGUGUCUUCUUCUCAGAGCAUGAGGGUGGGCAAGCGUACGCAUUCGAAGCUGUCGAAAAGCGCGGUGAAAGACCCGUCAUCUAUUCGGCUGUGGGCUCCCACGCAAUGUACGCGUUGCCCGGAAACCAUGCUUAUAUCCUGCCAUUCAAGCUUCUCAAGGAUGUCACGGAUAAGGGACCUCUCUGGGACCCCUCCCUUAACAAUUACGCAUACCAUUACGACUACACGAAAGAGAACAUUCAUGAUCUGGACGAACAACACGAACCUCAGAGUCUUGUUCCCGCGGCGUCCAAUCCUCAUGCACCGACGUCUUGGUUCCAUUAUCAAGGGCAUUGGGGUGACGAAGUCUACUCUCUUGCUGACCCCCGUCAGUGGCGUUUCUUUGGUCAGUAUCACUACGUCACUGGUCCAGAUGGACCUAGGUUCAAAACUCUUAAUCGUACAAAAAUGUGUCAAAAGCAGAAUUGUAAAAUUCUCUACAACCUGGAUCCAAAGAACACAUGGUACUAGCUAGAGUGGAGAUUCGCCAGUCGAUUUUGUGUUGCACUGCGUGCAACUGGUGGAAGUGCUAUAUCGAUAUCAUAUCCUUGGUUCUACAAGUCAAAACGGAGUUUGACGGAGCAAACCUCUAUGCCGGAUUCAAAAGCAGCAAUACAUACGUGGGUGCAUGCUUAUCCGCAGCGGGUGAACCCGAGGGCCUUGACUGGAAGGACCGGAUUCUUCGGCAUUUGUUAGAUGGGAUACGGCGUUACAUCAGGGUUUUUUCUCUUGGGAUAGAUUUCUUUCCCUCGUGUUUGGUUCGUGAAGAACAGAGCUGGAGGUCUAGAAGGUGCACACUGUUAUGUUGGAUGGGAUGAUUAUGGACCUUUGAUACCCAGAUACCACUUUUGUUAGAUGCCCAACUUAGAUACGUCGAGAUAUUCCUUUUAUGGUUAUGAAGUAUAGAAUUCAAAGUAUUGGCUCAGCACCUG